AUGAUCUCCGCUGGCGCUGGUGUUGGAGCCGCGCGCCUGCCGUGUGCGCGUGCAGAGCCGCGGGGGAAUGUGCAAACAAACCAAGUCUUCCAAUCCACUGUGACGGCUGUGGGGAAGGCUGUUUCUUCUCUUUCCCCUGGCAUCCUCCAGAGUCCACCCCUCACCUCCCAUUCGCACCACCUUGUGUGUGUGCCCGCUGCCCGUACACAUGUAGCCAAUGGCAUUCACAUCAUGCUAAUUAAGGCCAGGUUUGUGGUGGGACACGGGGAGGAAGAGAGGGGGCCGUGGAUGACUCUGGGGUGUUGGAGAGGGGGUCCUGGGUGUGCAGACGGACAGGCGGCUACUGUCACGCACAGCACCGACAGGAGGAAGGAAGAGGGGUGUGCUGGAGGGGUCCCACAGGCAGAGGGGGGGCUGCUGAGGAACAGAUGA